UCCAAAUCUGCAUCUAUCUCGAAUCUUCUCUCUCUAGAUUUUUCUAGUUUUAGGUUUUGUCUUUAGUAUUCAGUGUCGGAAAAAACGCUUGUUACAGUCAUGGCGGUGAUGGACCGCGGUCGGAAGGCCAAGAGAGCGAGGCGUAGCAACAGAAUCUCCGCCGAUCUCUACGAUUUCUCCACUUUUCCGGUGGAAGAGAUGUGCACGUCCAACUUGCCCCCGUUCCGCGACGGAGUGAGAUCCUUCCUCUCUACCCACGCACGCGUCACUUUCCCUACCUCGACGACGCUAUUCUCCAGCCUGAUGACGUGGCAGAUCCUUCUCAGACAUGGAGAUUCGACGGACGGUUCAGAUCUCUCGACUAGACUCGUCUCCCUCGACGUUGUGGAGGAGGAUGUAACCAGAUCCUCUAGAUCCGUUUACUGUGACCACUGCCGAGUCGUUGGCUGGAGUAGCCAUCCAGUGUGUAGAAAGAGGUACCAUUUUAUUAUACGGUCAGGAAGAGACAGUAAAAGCCACAACGUUGGCCUGCAAAAGGCUUGCUCGAGGUGUGGUAAUACACAGAACUUGUCCGAAGGAAGCAAUUGCAAGUGGUGCAGCUUGGCUCUUGACACCGAGGACUGGGUUUACUCUCAGCUAGAGGACAACACUCACCUCCUUCACGGCGUUAUCCACUCAAACGGAUAUGCUCAUCUCUUGUCUCUCAACGGUAGAGAAGGUGGCUCUGGUUUUUUGACUGGUCGUGCCAUUAUGGACUUUUGGGACAGGCUUUGUUCCUCCCUUGCUGUUCGUAAGGCGAGUGUGAUGGAUGUGUCUAGGAAGUAUGGAAUGGACUACCGGUUGCUUAAUGGGAUUACUAGAGGUUGUUCGUGGUACAAUGAGUGGGGGUAUGAAUUCAAAUCUGGGAGUUAUGCACUGACAAGAGAAGUUUACCAGGGUGCGUUGAAUACGCUAUCUGCGAUGCCUCUCUCUGAGUUCUUGUUCCAGGGGAGGAGGGCAAGAACCCAACUCCACUCCACUAUUGGCUUCUACCAAUCACUCUCGUGUUCAGAGCUUGUGACCGUGAGAGACCUCUUUUCCUUUCUGCUACAGCUGAUUCGUGAGAACCGAUCAAAACCCGCAGCAAAGCCGUAUGUUCUGUGUGCUUGGACUAGGAGUGAUAUAGAACGUGUACAGCAAGCCAUGGUUAAGAUAGUGAAAGCUGCAGGAGGUCAACGAGGCAACUGGGUUACAAGGUGGGCUCUCAAAAGGUCUAUUUGCAAAACAGCAUCUCCACAGCUGAUUGAUUACUGUCUAAAGCAUUUUGGAGGGUUUUUGGCGGAUGAUGGAUCACGAGUAGUCUGCUUCCGUUGUAACCCUGGUUCGAACGACUUUGAGUACAGGCUUGAACCUGUCAACAAUGUGCACCGCUUAUCUAAUCAAGACAUAAAUUUUGCAUCAGAAGAGCAAAUCAAAUGCGACUUAAGAUAUUUGUAUGACACUUUAUUGCACCCACAAACCAUGGCCGAGUUUAGGUCUCAGGCAACAAGAGUUAAAAUGAUUGAUGCAGCCACAAAGAUACUUGAUUGUAAGCAUUUCAUAAAAGAGUACCUGUCUAGCACGGUUAACCCCUUUGCAAUCAACCUGUGGUGCAAUGUUGAGCUCUCGGAUGAGGCCAAAGACUGCCCAUCCCCUCCACCUGAACUUUUGGUUUUGCCAUUGGACGCUACUGUUUCUGACCUGAAAAGCGAAGCUGUGAAGGCGUUUCAGGAAGUGUAUGCAAUGUUCAAGAGGUUUGAAGUUGAGGAGCUCCUAGGUUAUGGCUCUAUAGAUGACUUCAUUACCCUGAAGUUUUUAGUUGGCACAAAUGGGGUCAUACGGGUUAAAGGGAGAUGCUCAUCAAAACACGGGCUCCUCCGAUACCGCAUGGAGAGAGGAGUGGAGAAUUGGAAGGUUGAUUGCAAGUGUGGCACAAAGGAUGAUGAUGGUGAAAGGAUGUUAGCCUGUGAUAUGUGUGGUGUGUGGCACCACACUAGAUGUGCUGGGAUCCAGAACUCUGAUGCACUACCUUCCAAGUUCCAUUGUUUUAAAUGCAUUGAUUUGUACAGCAAGAAAACAAAGCAAUCUGAUAACAAGCAUGGUUCUAGUCAAGUGCCCAAAACUGGCUUUGUUUGUAGAGGUGAGUCAGCUGCUAUGGGCAGUGGAUCUAAUUUAUCCUUAACACUUAGUGUAGGCUGACUGUAAUUCUGAUCUUUUUGUAUAUAGGUUUAUUUCUAGGCAUAAAACUGCAAGUGGCUUAAUAUGUUAACCCGUGAUUGUAACACGUGACUACUUGAAGAUUUCAAUCCUAGACUUUUAAAUGUUAUGUUUUCAUGGGUUUGAGACA